AUGAAAGACAAUCUAAACAUGAAUAAACGGAUGCUUUCGGGUGUCGAUGGAGGCGCUGGUCCUUCUCAGAAGAAAGCUCAUGUUUCAGGACUAGUUAAUACAACCACAAUAUCUGGUGGAAAUGGUGGUGGAUUAAAGAAAAGUCAACAAGGUGAUGAUAACUUGAUUUUAAGUGAUACACCUCCAUCAACUAGGAUUAAAGACCAUACUCAGAAUACUGGUCAUCGUCCUGUGACUUCGUGCACUCACUGUAGACAGCACAAAAUUAAAUGUAAUGCAAGUGAUAACUUCCCAGAUCCUUGUUCAAGAUGUGAUAGAAUGGGUUUGAAUUGUGAAAUAGAUCCUCAGUUUAGACCUAAAAAAGGUUCUCAAUUGCAAAAUCUACGGAAAGAUGUAGAUGAUAUGAAGUUGAAAAUUGAAAAUUUAUUGAAAAAUGAUUCUGUUAUUUUAAAUGCAUUGAAGUCUGCUCCUAUACAAAACAAUACAGAGUUUAUCGAAGCACUGAAAUUAUUACAGAAUAGUCAAAUUCCGCAGCAACAAGAUGUUGAUCCAAAUAUUGGCAGUGUAACCACUCCUUCUAAUGUCGGUUGUCAAUUUUCUAAUAGUAAUUCUGGGCCAAAUUCAAAUUCAAGUUCAAAAAUUUGUGCACAAACUUAUUUGGCAAAGAAACCACCUUUAUUGAAUUCUACUCAGACAUCAUCAAUUUCUAACGCUCCUAGUUCAACUUCUUCAGAAUCAUCCAGCAAAUUAAAGGAAAAAUCUCCAUUUGUUAUAGCAACAACAAGUACAAUCGAUCCGUUACCUUCUCCUUAUGGUAACGUUGAUGAAUUUGUGCUUGGUGAAGUAAGAAUAUCUAUUGAAAAGGCUAAUUACUUGCAUGAUUUAUUCGUCGCAAAAUAUUUACCUUACUUCCCUAUCAUGACUUCAGUUUCGGCACAGAAAUUGUUUGAUCAAUCUCAGUUAUUAUUUUGGACUGUUAUGUUAACUGCCUGUUUGUCAGAACCUGAACCAACAUUAUACAAUAAGCUUGCAAAAUUAAUAAAACAAUUAGCGAUAGAAACUUGUUGGUUAAGAACGCCAAGAUCUACUCAUAUUUCGCAAGCUUUGUUGAUACUGUGUACCUGGCCACUACCGAAUCAAAAAAUUUUGGAUGAUUGUUCUUAUAGAUUUGUUGGUUUAGCUAAAUCUCUCUCACUGCAAUUAGGUUUACACAGAGGUGAAUUUAUUUCAGAAUUUACCAGAUCACAGACUUCUUUACCUAAUGCUGAAAAAUGGAGAACUAGAACUUGGUUAGGUAUUUUCUUUUCUGAGGUUUGUUGGGCAAGUACUUUAGGUUUACCAUCGACUUCUCAAAUUGAUUAUUUAGUUGAACAAGCAAGAAAUGGUAAAGACGAAAUUGAUAAAAGCAAGGGGGAAACUUCUGAUUCGCCUUUGAAGCAUACUACAGAUUUAAGCUCUACUACCGCUGAUGAGAUAUUUACCUUGCCAAACCAGUUCAGAAGAUUGAUAUGUUUGUCUCAUUUCCAAAGUAAGUUAUACAGUGUGAUUGGAUCAAGUAUCAGUACUUCUGAUGGUUUAUUAGAACCUAGAGAUAGAGCAAGUGCAAUUUCAUUGAUGGACAGAGAAUUAAAAACUUUAAAUUCAAGCUUGAAUUUUACUGCGGAUAAGUCUGUAGAGAUAUAUUAUUUAUAUGUGAAAUUGACAAUAUGCUGUUUCGCAUUUCUACCGGAAACCCCAAGGACAGAUCAAACUCAAUAUAUCACUGAAGCAUAUUUAUCUGCAACAAGAGUGGUGACACUAUUAACUCAAAUGUUAGAAACACAACAAUUGAUAGAAUUACCCAUCUAUGUAAGACAAAGUGUUACAUAUGCAGCAUUGAUAUUAUUCAAGUUACAAUUAACACCAUUAAUGACCGAUCAAUUCAUAGACUCUGUUCGCCAAUCUAUUGUUACUGUACAUAGAUUAUACAGAAACCAGUUAACAGCAUGGGCGACCAAAGUUGAGAAUGACAUUUCUAGGACAGCAAGUGUUCUGGAAAAAUUGAAUUUUGUUUUGAUUACUCAUCCUGAAGUAUUUGUUGAAGCGGACGGUAUCAUUUCUCGAAUGAGGUCACACUUGACUGGUUCUUUAUUCUAUGACUUGGUAUGGUGUGUUCACGAAGCUAGAAGAAGAGAAAUGGAUCCUAAGUACAAUGAAGAAGCAAUGCAAAGGUUAGAUGCACUAAGAAAAUCGGCCAACGCACAUCCAGCCUUGGAUCUCAUAGGUAAGAGAUUGUUCCCAUUACCAUUUUAUAAUCAAAUAUCAAGAGAAGAUUUCAAGACAAUUUCAAAGACUACUCCAGGAGGUACCACAGUUACAAAAUUGGUUCCAACUCAAAAUGCAUUAAAACAAGCCAAGGAAAUGGCAUUGAGUAAGAAAAAUUUCGGUGGUGCUGUUAUGGAAAUUAAUGGUAUACCAUUAUCUAUGCUAAACGAAACAGGUAGCGUUAAUUUAGAAAGUGUGUUCCAACAUGUAAAUAAUCCAAAAUAUAACACAGUUUCUGAAAGCGCAUCUGUUCAUUAUGAGACACCUGUAAAUAUAGAUAACCAACAACAAUAUUCAUUCACAAGAAGUAACAUUGCAUUAAAUUUAGAGACUAGUUUCCCACAAUCAUCAUCAGAUAUUAAUUCCUCUAAUCCGAAGAAUCAUUUGCCAUAUUUGCAGGAUCAAACAGGAGAUGUAUCGAUGCAAAGGUCUAACAGCAUUCCUGCACCAAAGAUCAGUGUCAAAGAUGAAAUCAAUAAUAACAGCAAGCCAAUCUAUAAUAAACCAAAUGUAUCUGAUUCUUUAUUUAGUAAUAUGUCGAAUUAUCCACAAAAUAUGAAUAAAGAAUUAAAUAAAGUUUCGAAUACGAAUACAAAUUCAACUGGAUUAAAUUCACCAAAUUCUGGUUUAAUCUCAGAUAAUAACAAUUCUGCAGCAUAUGCUAAACUAAACCAAUUUCUACAGAACAAUGGGUUAUUGUCAAAUACAAACCCUGUGAACAAGAGUAAUACUGCUAAUAUUAGUGGGCCUAAUAAUGUAAAUUCACUAUCCGAUUUAGACAACUUCUUUCUGCAGCAGAGUACUGGUUGGCUAGAGGGUAACUCCAUAAAUGAUGAUUUCUUAGGGUGGUUUGACAUGAAUAUGGAACCAGAAUUCUAA